AGCUGCUUAAAUGCCAACGGAUAUCUAAUGUAACAGAUGCCGUGCAUUAAACAAGUCUGUUUGCUUUUCCAUAAAGCAUAUGUUAUGUAUUAUAAGCAUAUGUUGUAUAACUGACACUGUUACUAAUCCAUAGUUAUUGACUUGAAGUGUUUUUUUUUUGUAGGGAGAAAAAAAAAUGCAAUAAAGCAUUGUCCAAAUGUACGAUAUCCUUUUUGUUUUAUUGGGUAUAAAAGAAUAAGGGAUUACAGACUUCUUUGUGGCGGCACGGUGGUGUAGUGGUUAGCGCUGUCGCCUCACAGCAAGAAGGUCCGGGUUCGAGCCCCGUGGCCGGUGAGGGCCUUUCUGUGCGGAGUUUGCAUGUUCUCCCCGUGUCCGCGUGUGUUUCCUCCGGGUGCUCCGGUUUCCCCCACAGUCCAAAGACAUGCAGGUUAGGUUAACUGGUGACUCUAAAUUGACCGUAGGUGUGAAUGUGAAUGGUUGUCUGUGUCUAUGUGUCAGCCCUGUGAUGACCUGGCGACUUGUCCAGGGUGUACCCCGCCUUUCACCCGUAGUCAACUGGGAUAGGCUCCAGCUUGCCUGCGACCCUGUAGAACAGGAUAAAGCGGCUAGAGAUAAUGAGAUGAGAUGAGAUGAGACUUCUUUGUUGGUAAAGUGCUUUUUUUCCCUCCCCGCUCUCUAUUCCUGAACUAAUCAUAAGCCUGGAUCCUGCUGAUUGAUGAUGUCAGCAGAAUAUAGCCGUUUAAUCUACCGUUAGAGGAUCUUUGUUGUAUAAUCUGACACGGGGAGCAUGUUUUUGCACAGGCUGGUCAGGAAUUGAGCUAAAAUUAGGAAUUUAGGGAUUACUGUGACAAGUAAUAAUGUUAAAAGACUGCUGUACGGUGUCAACUAGGCUGAAGUCUUUUGCUAUUUUUUUAUCCAUCUCCUGGACUCAUUGCAUCAUUCAGUCCAAGUCUGGAGUGAAUAAAGAGAACAGUAUGGUUCUUGAGUCAUUAAAUUGAGCCUUCUCUCUGGAAAGUCCUUCCCACACACAGUAAGAAAGCCACACCUAAAGCACACAGCGUUCCACUUUCAAAAAGCUUAGGCAAAUCUGCAAUCUAUUUCAGCCAGCCAGCCUGCCUGCCACAGGAAGUGGUUGAGCAGUUAAACAUUAAUACCACAUUCCCCAAAUGCAUGUCUUAUUUGGUUCUGGAGUUCUGCUUAUUUAUUUUUUUCCUUGAAGAAGAGUUAUGUAGAAGAGAUAAAAAAAAAAAGGAUUAGAUUGUAGGGUAAAGGUCGACUGCUAAGAAACACAGUCCUGCACUUGUUGAUUUAACAGAGGACAGGGAUGAAAAAAAAAAGGAGAAAAGCCCAGUCUGGUGCAAGAGCUGCUGUGUCAGCCAACAGGAACGCUGCCCUGGGGGUCAUAGAGGGAUGGACUUCUGCCUCCGCAGCAUUCUGGGAAUGAUUACACUAGUGAUGUAAUGCUUAUCUAAUAAACCUCAAUAACAGGAAAAAAGGAAUGACUGGCAAAUUGUACCAUGUUGGCUGGUUACUCAUGGUCUCUUAUCAGACCUCUGGGACAUCCUGCAGACACUGAGGGUGCCUCAUUGGAGCAGGCUAUCAUCAGUCAGAAACCUCAGCUGGAAAAGUUGAUUGCCACCAUAGCACAUGAGAAGAUGCCCUGGUUUCAUGGAACCAUCACACGGGAAGACUCUGAGCCAUGUUUACUCAACAACCGCCAGACCAACGGCAAGUUCCUGGCUCCAUAGGAAGUUGAUAUGGCAGACACUCAACGUGACCGGAUUUAAAAUUGAUACUGUGAAGUUAUCUGUGAGGAUGCAUUUAUUUAGCAUUGGAAUGAGUCUCCAGUUUCAACUUGUUUCAUGGACAACAUUAAA